AUGGAGGACAUGGAAAAGUGGUUGAAGGAGCUGGUGGUGGAGGCUAUUCAUAAUAAACUUUUGGAAGAUAUUGGAUUACCUACAUGGGGCAGUUAUUUGAUUUUUGCUGUUGCAACAAUUAUUUUGGGUGCAAUAUUAGGAUUACUUAUUGUAUGCUUGAUCGACUUCAUUUAUCCACCAAAACCUGCACAACAACAAAACAAAAAGAAACAGAAUAUAUUGGAUGGUUCCAUGCAGGAGAGAAGUUUGGAUGAGGAUGAAAUUACUGAAAAUGUUGGAGAUGAUUUAGUAGAUGAAGAAGAAUCUGAAGCAGAAGAACCUGAAAAAAUAGAAUCUGAGAUAAAGGAACUUGAAGUGAGUGAGAAAGAUAAGGAUACUAAAACUGAUACUAGUAGUCCCAAUGUUCGCAAGCGUAAGCCACGCAAGGCUGAUUAGAGACAAUAGUUUGCUUAAUGUAAAUAUUUAAUAAUUAUGAAUCAAUUAUGACUAACUUUUAUGGUAUAUUCCCAAAAUCAUUCCUGCAUUGCGAUAGCACAUAAUGUGACAUAAUAUCUUAUAUCUCAAAAUCUAAAUAAUCAGUAUAGAUUAUUCAAAGAAACAAUCAUGUUUGCUGUCCUUAUAUUUAAAAAUUUAAGUGCCAGAAACUUCUUUAAAUUAUCAUUGUAAAUGUUUUCUUAUUUACAAAUAUAUUUUUGAAGUUAUGAAAAUGGACACUUCUGGUAUAUUACUCAGUAAAAUCUUAGAACUUUAUUCUAAGCAAAAUACAUUGUGGAGUUUAAAUUUUUUUGAAUGUGUUUAAGACGUAAUCCUCUCAAAGUAAUAAAAAAAUAUAUAUAAACAUAUUGGAAAAACUUUUUUCUAAGUCAAAUAAAUUUAAUAAAUGUUUUGAUUAGCAAGUUAUUUGUUAGAUGAUAAUGCGUUCUUAAGAGUUCUUGAAGUAACUAAAUUCUCUAAAACACUUUUUACAUAUGAUUUUUAUAAAAUGUUUGAGAUCACAAAAAAAGACAAAGAUAAACUAAAAUAUCUGUAUGAAUUUUUUUUAUGAUUAUAACGAGAGAGAAAUAAAUCUUUAAACUAUUUGAUAAUUUCUAAUGCUUUGUUUUUCAUAUGAGAAAAAGAAACGAGUAAAAUGGAAAUAUUAAGAAAAAAAUGGAAAUAUUAAGUAAUAUUUAUUGUAUAUCUAACAAUAUGUUUAAGCAUAUUUGAUAUCUUUAUUAAAGAAAAAAUAAUAGCAUUAAUUACUUCCUUUAAAGAUGCAUUGUAAGACCAUUAAAAUAUAAAUCUAUUUAUUAAUUAUAGUUGCUAUAUGACAAUUAUUAUAAGUUUAUAUAUUAUAUAUUAAGACGUCCUAGAAUCAGCGCACCACCUGAUAAUGAUAGAUUCUUGAGAUUAUUUGGAGAUGAAAACCUUUAUACGAAAAUGUCGAGACUAUAAUAAUUUUUGAAUGAGAAGUAAGUUAAAGUAGACCAAUAAGAUUGCUCAAAAUUUGCUUUUUUAGACACGGUGCAUUGCAUAGUAGUAGGUGUUUUAAGAUAUCAAUUCACUUUUAACUAUUAAUAUAUUUUCAAAAUGUUAUUAUAAUCAUUUCUCAACAAUCUUCUUCACAUGAAGUAUAUCAUAGACGAAUAAUGUCUCUCAUAUAGUAAAAAUGUUCUAAUUAAUAUAAUUAAUAAAUUAUCUUUUUUCUUAUCACAAAAUAGAAAAUUUGAAUACAUUGAUAAAGUAGAAUUCUAUAUACAUACUUGUAAUGUUAAGUUAUAAUGUUUAUUUUUUAAUGGUUAUUUGUUUAUUUUCUUCUUUAUUUAUUUUUUUUCAGUGAAUUAUCGACAUAGAAAACUUCUAUUUGAUAUCUUAAAGAAUCUUUGUUAUUGUGCGAUGUAUUGUGCCUGAACGCGCAAACUGUAGGCAAUUAUUGGCCAAUUGUAAAUGUUUUCCUUUUAAAAACUAUUGUAGCCUCGGUAUUUGGAUAUUAAAAUUUUGUUCUCCAAAUGAUCUCAAGAAUUUAUCAUUAACACAUAGUGCAUCGAUUCUGGGACAUCUUGUAUAUUACAUCUUGUUUAAUCCCUUUUUUCUAUGCUAUUUCUAAAUAAAGUAUUUUAUUAUAUUUAAAAAA